AUUUCUUACAAGCCUACUGGCACGCAGCUAGCGGGCCGCGGAGGGCAUUGGUUGAGUUUACAGGGCUCCCAGGGCCCAAUCGCGGCGCCGCGUUACGUCACGCCCGCCGUCUGAUUUCCGAACAAUGACCUCCUCCCUCUUCUUCAACUCAACAACACCAUGUAAUUGCUGCGACCUGCUCAACCCGCCACCUCAUACUCUUCUAAAUCCUCUUCCUCUGCCUUUAUCGCAUAUGCCACUUUCUCCCUGGGCCUCCUGCUUUGCCUGAUCUUUCAGCAAUGACGACGCUGGUGCCCCGCCCGCCGUACACGGACGACGAGUUGCGGUCCCUGUACCCGGCCGGCCUCGAGCUCCAGCUUGUCCAGAUCUUGAUGCGCCAUGGUGAGCGGACUCCUGUCCGGGCCCGCUUCCAGAACGCCGGUCUAGCGGCGUACUGGCCCUACUGCUCAGCGGCUCGGCAGCUCCAGAGUGUUGCCCUCGAUCGCUCGACGGGCCAGUUCACCCCCCUCGAGUGGAAGCGCCGCAUGGAGACCUUUGGCCCCAAUGACGAGCCUGUACUCGCCAAGGGCCCCCGCGGCGAGCUCGACGGCAUCUGCGAGAUGGGCAUGCUCACGGACCGGGGGCGAGUGACCACCUACGAUCUCGGCUCCCGCCUGCGCCGGCUCUACGUCGACCAGCUCGGUUUCCUCCCGCCCAACAUCAGCGAUGCGGACAGCCUCUACCUGAGGGCUACACCCAUCCCUCGAGCCCUAGAGUCCAUGCAGGAGGCCUUCAGUGGUCUCUAUCCUCGCCACACCCGCUCUCCCGACAUGGCUCCUCCUUCCAUCCUCACCCGCAACAUUGCAGACGAGACGCUCUUUCCCAACGACUCGAGCUGUCGUCGUUUCGCGGCCCUUGCCCGCGCCUUUGCCAAUCGUGCUGCCGAGCGUCACAACGACUCGGACGAGAUGGCCUACCUCACCAAGAUCUAUGGCAAGUGGAUGUCCUCAGACAAAGUUGCUGUCGAUUCGCAUCCCCGUCUCAAUGGGCUCAUGGACACGGUCAACUCGACCCUGGCACAUGGUCCAGAGACGAAGCUGCCAAAGGCUUUUUACGACGCCAAAGCCAUCGGCAUUAUGGAGAAGAUAUCAAACGAGGAAUGGUUUCAGGGCUACAAGGAAAGCCAAGAAUACAGGGCGUUGGGUAUUGGGGGCUUGCUGGGUGACGUGGUCAGCCGGAUGGUCGGAAGUGCUGAGCGGUCGACUGCUGACGGAGCCUACGAGGUUGCGCAAGCCCUGGAUGACAAGCGUAUUCACGAGGGCAAAGGCGCGACGCCCAUCAGAUUCGGUCUGAGUGGGUGCCAUGACACCACCCUCGCCGCCGUCCUCUCCAGCCUCGGCGCGUUCGAGACAGAUCGAUGGCCACCGUACACCAGCCACAUUGCCAUCGAAAUGUUCCGUCAGAAGCAGCAGCAGCAGACUAAAAACCAAGACAGCGCGCCAACCACAUUGCCUGCGAUCCCACCAGCCAAAGACACCACUGUCGUGUCCAAGCCUGGCUUCCUAUCCUCACUCUUCUCGUGGGGCGGCUCGGCCGCCGCGAAAGUGGUCCCUGGCACUCCGCCUCCGGGGAUCGGGCGCAAGAAAACAGAGACUCUGACGGACAAUGAGAAGAAGGAGCUUGAAGGCUACUACGUCCGGCUGCGCUACAACGACCAAGUCGUGACGAUACCUGGAUGCAAGGCGCCAGGCAAGCACUUUGCAGGCGACGAGAGCUUCUGCACACUGGCCGAGUUCAAGGCCAUUGUAGACAAGUUCACCCCAGACAACUGGAAAUCCCAGUGCCUGGCCAACAUCGACGCACCUGCAUUCCCCGCAAAGCCCGAGCCGGCAGGGUAUUCAUCUUGAACUUCACUUCAUCUCGGACCCAGUAUCCUCUAUCUCAUAACAUACCUGCGUACAUACUGAUCCUCCCUUGCUCUUUUGAGAUAUCUACUCGUCGCACAUAUUGCUCAAGAUAUAGUGUGUCACUAGCGCGGUGAUGGGACUAGUUCCAGUCCGGCAAGUUGGCAAAAUCAUACGAGACGGCCCCAGCAAUGUAGACAUUCGGGUCAAGCAAUGUAUAAAAUCAUCUACGGCCUUGUUCAAUACCAGUGAAUAUGCAGACAAAAUUCGCGGACCCAUUCGUGAGGGAUACAGUUCCAUGGUACUACUACCUUCGAGUGAUUUGUGUGCUGGCUUGUGAGCU